AGAAUCGACUCAUUUAGCGUUCGGAUCAGUUACCAUAAACGGACACCGCACCGCCGGCUGAGAGUGGACGAUGUUUUCUUCUACCUAUGAAUAAAACACAACUGUUUACGAGGCUAUCUUUAAAUCUAUUGCUCUGGAAGGUACAAGCCUGUUUCCAAAACCCCGUUCUUUGCGUCUGUAGUUUGACCUUGCAUUAAUUCUGUAGUGUCUAGCAUUAGCAAGCACGAAUAGCAGCAAAGCAUAAGCUACUUUCACGUUAGCAUGCUAAUGCAUUAGCGGGUUUAUUUAUAAAUAGACAUUUAUCCUCCAUCCAGACCGUAACCAUGUCUACAGAGGAGCUGCUGUCAGUAGAUUAUGAAGUAUAUGGCAGGGUCCAGGGAGUGUUUUUUCGAAAAUAUACUCAGUCUGAGGGGAAGAAGUUGGGUUUGGUCGGCUGGGUGCAGAACACUCCGGCUGGAACGGUACAGGGUCAGCUGCAAGGCCCUGCAUCCAAAGUCAGACAGAUGCAGGAGUGGCUGAAGACCACCGGCAGUCCACAGUCCAGGAUCAUAAAAGCCGAUUUCAGUAACGAGAAGAAAAUAGAGAACCUGGCUUUCAAGGAUUUCAAGGUUACUCACUAAAGCAGUGCAGUAAAUGAAUGGACUUGUGAUGUGAGCUAUUUGUCUGUUACACUGAAAAUACACUCCGAUGAAGGGGCAGGCUGUACCUAUCAUGUGCAGUAAUAAAUCAUACACUUAAAAAAAAAAGC